AUGAAUAAAGGGUACAUUAAGAUUGCUUUGGCACUUUUAAGUGUCGCAGGAUAUAUGCAAAAUAUAGCAUUUGCAAUAGAGCCUGUUUCAACCACUAAUUCUUCAAAUGAAGAAAAUAGCCAACAUAUAAAUUUAAGAUUUAGACAACAAGGAUCUUCCAACUCUGAAGAAGCUAGGCAAGCAGCAGAUGUUAUGGCCGAAGCUUUAAAUGUUGCAAAAGAGCAUGCCGAACAUACAGAUGAUUACAAGUUCUAUUAUGCGGAAAAUGGAGCAAGUAUACAUUUUAAGCAAUUAAAUAAUACUGAUAUUGGAAAGCUUGAAUUUACAAUUCCCAACGCCAAUAAUUAUGAUGACAUAGUAAAGAUGUUAUGGGAUCAAAAUGUCAAACAAAUAUUCGAUGAUAUCUUCAUUGGAGAAACCAUUUCUCAAAAAUACGAUGAAAAUUUAAUGCUUCUACAACAGCGUUACAUAGUCAAUUUAUGGAGUGUAUAUUAUAAUGCAUUAGCCACCAAAGUUGAACUAUCAGAAGACGAAACUGCAAUACUCGUAGUUUCAUCAGAUAUGAAUGAUCAUAAUCCAGUAAAGAAUAUCAAUUAUGUAAAUCCUAUCGUAUCAAGUGCAAACUCAUUCAACCCUGAUGUUAAUUCUGAUAGAAGCAUUAGAAUGGGAUAUUUACACACAAUAUAUCUUAACUUAGUGGCAAUUUUCAUUAAAAAGGAAGCCAAUGGCGUUAAAAUUACCCAGCUCACCUCUAUUGAGCAUGCUUGUACUCCCGAUAGCCAUAACCCAAGAGAAACUCUUAUGGAUAUGACAGCUUCGGCAAUGAUAAAUACUACCAAAAUAGGAGAUAUUAUUAAAAAAGAAUAA